UCAAAGAACUUCUGUGCUGGGGACCACCCAGAGGAUGUUGGCAGACGUGAGGAUGGUCAAUCUUCCCACCCCAUCACCAUCAUCAUCAUCAUCGCUCUCCCCUGAAGACUUCAAGGCUAAAUAUAACAUCCCCAACGGCACAAGCCCCUACUGUCUCGAUGUGUACACGGACAUCAUUCACAGCAACAACGGCGAAGUGAUUUGGCGUUUCUUGAAGCCGCUGAUGCUGGGGAAAAUUCUGUACACGCCCAGGAGUGCAGCGACCGAACUCCUCAUCCGCACGGCCAAUUCAACAUUCCAGAAAAUGGGGGAAUUAAGCAGCUAUGCCCAAGAAUGGUUGGAUGCCAUGGGUAACCAAAAUGCCAAUUUGCAGAUCCAACAAUUGGGAAUACUGAAGAAUGCCCUGGCAAAUCCCUUCGUACAAGGCUUAAUCAGAAGUCAACUGAACAUAAACAUGACAAGCUUCAUGCAAAACUUAAAAUCUUUUGAGGAGCUUGGAGUUCAACUCACUGACACUACAAUGGAUAACUUGAAAAUGCUUUCCACGCUCAUGGUGAACAUUUCAUCGUGCGUGGAGCUCAACCGCUUUAUGCCGAGCGAUUCUGUGGAGGAGCUCAACACGAGGGCCAUUGGACUCAAUAAGGAGAACAACCUCAUGGCCAGUAUCAUCUUCCACCUCCCCGAGGCACAGGACCGCUCCCGUCGUGCCGUCUCAAACCUCCCGCUGGCCACCCACCUCAACUACACGCUGCGGCUGAGCAUUCAGAACGUGAUGCGCACAGACUACCUCCGAGACCUGGUCUGGGUGCCGGGUCCGCACACCAACCAGAAUUACAUGUACUACACGCACGCCUUCCUGCCCAUCCAGGACAUGCUGGAGCGCGCCGCCAUCUCCCUGUACAUCGGGCGGAAUAUCAGUGAGCCGGCGUUGCAGGUGCAGCCCAUGCCGUACCCCUGCUACACGGACGACUCGUUCCUGCACAGCGUUGGUUUGAUGUUUCCCAUCCUGUUCAUGAUCGCGUGGAUCCUCACGAUUGCAAGCACUGUCAAGUUUCUGGUGCAAGAGAAGGAACUCUGCCAGCAGGAGUACAUGAACAUCAUGGGCGUGCGGCCGGCGAGCCACUUCCUGUCGUGGCUGCUCCAGAGCUGCGCGCUGCUGUUGCUCAUGGUCAUCUUGCUCACGGUGAUCCUGAAAGCGAGCGGGACGCUGCCCAGCAUCAACUGGGCACUUCUCCUCGCCCUCUUCCUGUGCUUCGGCAUUUCCGUGCUGGCGAUGGGGUACAUGCUGAGCGCGUGCUUCACGCACACCAACGUCGCCUCCCUCACCGCCUGCUUCAUCUACUUGCUCAGCUUCUUCCCGUUCCUGGCCCUCUCGAGCCUCACGCUGAAGCUCACGCGGUGGCAGAAGUCGCUCAUCUCUGCAGUGCUGCUAUCACCCACGGCGUUCAGCUAUGCAAGUCAGCUGAUGGGUCACUUUGAAGACCAGGGUAUCGGCGUCCAGUGGAGCAACAUGUACCAUUCACCCUUGUUUGGGGAUGACGUUUCCUUCGCCUACCUGUGCUGGAUGCUGAUAAUUGACACCGCCAUAUACUUCAUCCUGGGCUGGUACAUCCGCAACGUCUACCCAGGGACGUAUGGGCUGGCCCGGCCGUUCUACUUCCUCUUCACGGUGAGCUAUUGGCAGGAGGUUUGUUGCUGCGGAUCUCGUCGAAGGCCCAUGGGAUACCUGGUCAGAAACAUGGCUCAAGAGUCAUCCGCGGAUUCCAAGACGGACGCAAAGGAUGGCAGUAUGAGGCCGCAACUGGAGGCGGUUCCAGCGGACUUGACAGCCGGCGUGUCGCUGCGCUCCCUCACAAAGCAGUACAGCAAGGGAAAGAAGGCUGCUCUCCAGGACCUGAGCUUGGACUUUUAUCAGGAUCAGAUCACCACUCUACUGGGCCACAACGGAGCUGGCAAGACCACAACCAUGUCGCUGCUGAUGGGUCUGUACGAGCCAAGCAGCGGCUCCGUGCACGUGGGCGGGCACGACGCGCGCACGGACAUGGCGGAGGUGCGGCGUCAGCUGGGGGUGUGCCUGCAGCGUGACGUCCUCUUCCCGGCCCUCAACGUGCACGAGCACCUGCUCCUCUACGGACGCCUCAAGGCGCUCGACUGGUCACGGCAGCGGUUGCAGCAGGAGGUGGACACCUUCUUGAAUGACCUCGGUCUCUACAACCACAAAGACAAGCUCGUGGGAACACUGUCGGGAGGCAUGAAGCGCAAGCUUUCUAUCGCCAUCGCCUUCAUCGGGGGCUCGACCACGGUCAUUCUGGACGAGCCCACGAGCGGCGUGGACCCCUGCUCUCGACGCAGCAUCUGGAACCUCAUCCUCAAGCACAGGGCUGGCCGCACCAUCAUCCUGUCCACGCACCACCUGGACGAGGCGGAGGUGCUGAGCGACCGCAUCGCCGUUCUGGAGCACGGGAAGCUGCGGUGCUGCGGGAGUCCCCAGUACCUGAAGGAGAUUUAUGGGCAGGGCCUGACGCUGACCCUCACCAAGAAGAGCGUCACGCUCGGCUCGAGGCCCCCCUUCGACCCGGAGCGCGUGGUGUCGCUGGUGCGCUCGGGGGUGGCGGGAGCCGCGCUCAAGAGCGGCGAGGACAGCUCGGGCAACCGCAAUGCGGACAUGGUGUUCCUGCUUCCCGCGCACUCGCAGAACGUGCUCGGCCAGAGCUUCCUCGUCACACUGGAGGAGAACAUGGAGGAGUUGGGACUCUCUGGCUAUGCCAUCUCUGACACCACGCUUGAGGAGGUCUUUCUCAAGCUGGUGCAGGAGGCUGAAGACCAAAGGCUGAAGGACAUCACCAACAAAUCGCCCGAGGCCGAAUCCGGCUCCAUAAACUCCGAGACAGCUGCGCCGCCUGAUCACACGAGCCCGGCCGCCUCUGACACCAGUGACACUGUCAGCCUGGAGAGCGAAGGAAGCAGUCAAGACAGUUACGAAAAGCACCUGGUGAAGAAGGAGCGGGUGACUGGCAUCCACCUCUUGGUGCGCAAGACCCAGGCCCUGAUCUACAAGCGGUUUCACCACUGGAGGCGCGACGUCAAAGGGGCAGCUGCUCAAAUCGUGCUGCCCGUGAUCCUCGUGGCGCUCGCCAUGGCAUUUGCCAGCAUGGAACCCGGUGUCCCGGAAUACCCGAGCCUUCAUCUCCAGCCGAGCCUCUACAGCAGUGCUUCCUUCUUCAGCUUGCACAACAGCUCAAGUGCAUCGGCCAGCUCUCUCGCCUCGACGCUCAUGAAGCGUGCCGCGUGCCUGGACCAGCCUCCGUCCAGGAACAACUCCUGCUGGGCAAAUAGCCCUCCCACACCUUGGUUUCCUUCUGUCAGAGGUGACGAAUCCUCCUGCAGCUGCACGUCCUGCAAAGAGUUGUGCUCAGCUGUGCAGGAUAUGCCAUCCUACAUGAACGUCAACCCACAAUUGCAGAUAUUCAACCUAAGUGGCGAAGAUGUGGAGGAAUACCUGAUGGGUACCACUUGCCAAUACUUGCUCAAGAGAUAUGGUGGCUGGAGCUUUGGAUUGCCUCACAGUACAACAUCUGAUCUUGAAGUUGUGCCAGAUAACAGGACGCUCACCAAGGUGUGGUACAACCCCGAGGGCUACCAUGCCCUCCCGGCCUACGUUAACAGCUUCAACAACCUCCUUCUGUGGGACAACCUUCCCGACGGAGAGCACCCCGGCGAUUACAGGAUAUCUGUGAACAGCAAACCAUAUGCGGGCCAACAACUCAGUCAGGAUAUGAUUCUGCAGAACCUGGGCGACACGGGUGUGGCCAUCUGUAUCCUGCUGGGCUUCUCCAUCCUCACGGGCAGCUUCGCCACGGCCGUCGUGCGCGAGCGGAUCACGGGCUCCAAGCGCCUGCAGCAGAUUUCUGGUGUAUCCCCGACCUUCUACUGGGCCGUCAACUUCACUUACGACAUGGUGAGCUACACAGUGACCACGGGCCUGUGCAUCGCAGUGAUAGCGGCCUUCCAUCUUCCUGCCUACACAGACAACAGCAACCUGGGAGCCGUCUCUCUCCUACUCAUUCUCUUCGGCUUCGCAUCCCUCCCGUGGAUGUACCUAAUAUCCGGCGUCUUCUCUGAGGAGGAGAUGGCCUUCGUCACCUACAUCUCCAUCAACAUCAUUUUGGGCGUCAGCACGAUCAUCUCCACCUUCCUCGUGAACUUCCUCUACUUGAGUUCUGACUCACAGAGCCUCUACAACGCCUACAAUAUCAUGCGAUGGCUUUUCCUCGUCUUCCCCCAGUUCUGCCUGGGCUGGGGGCUAGUUUCCCUCUCAAAGCAGAGGCUCAUGGAAGACAUCAUGAAAUUGCUGGGGUCAGACCCGCAGGAAAGUUCAUCGUUUGCCAUGGAUAUUACUGGCUGGCCAUUCGUGGCCCUGGCAGUUAAUGGCAUUGUUUGCUUUACUCUCCGAUUGGUGCUCACAGAUGAACUCAUCUGGAAACUCAGCAGGUGGUGGCGGCGCAAGGCGGUGGAGCCCGGGCAGCCAGAGCUGGACACAGACGUGCAGGCGGAGCGGAGCCGCGUGGAGGAGCAGAGCCGCGUGGUGGACGCGGCCACCCCCGACGACACACUGCAGCUCGUGGGGCUCCGCAAGCGCUACCGCCUGCUGAACCGCAGCUUCACGGCCGUCGACGGCCUGCACCUGGGCGUCUCUCCCAACCAGUGCUUUGGGCUGCUUGGAGUUAAUGGAGCUGGAAAGACGACCACGUUCAAGAUGUUGACAGGGGACAUCCAACCGUCGGGUGGAGAUGCCAUAAUACGGACACAGAAUGGUGCCUUGCUGAAAAUGGAAAAGGCGCGGAGGACGGGCACGCUGAUCGGAUACUGCCCACAGUUCGACGCUCUGGAUGACCUUCUCACGGGCUGGGAGCACCUGUACUGCUACGCAAGAAUCCGCGGAAUCCCCUCGCAUCACAUCGAGCAGGUGUCACAGGAGCUGGUCACGCGGCUGCACCUGAGUCUGCAUGCCGAUAAGCUGGUGAAAACCUACAGCGGUGGCACCAAGAGGAAGCUCUCCACUGCGCUGGCGCUCAUUGGGAAGCCCCAGCUGCUGCUGCUGGAUGAGCCCAGCUCUGGAAUGGACCCCAAAUCCAAGCGCUACCUCUGGAAGACAAUCACAAGGGAGGUCCGCGGGGGCUGCUCUGUUAUUCUCACCUCCCACAGCAUGGAAGAAUGUGAGGCCCUUUGUGACAAGCUGGCCAUCAUGGUGAACGGACAGUUCAAGUGCUUGGGUACUUUGCAGCAUCUCAAGAACAGGUUUGGCAAUGGGCAUAUGAUCAAGCUGCGGUUGAGCAGCGGUAAUUCCAAAGUCACAGAAGUUACAGAGUUCAUCACAUCUCACUUCCCAGGCGCCUACUUAAAGGAACAGCACAUAAGCCAACUGGAGUUCCAAGUUCCUAGCAAUGCAGGAAAACUCUCUGAAAUAUUCAUUGCCUUGGAGAAAGAGAAGGAAUCUCUGAGUAUCCAGCAUUACUCCAUCAGCCAGACAACACUGGACCAGGUGUUCAUCAACUUUGCCCGGCAGCAGAUUGAUAUGGAAGAGGAAUCCAGCAACGCAGACGCUCGUCCGCCUGUGCCGACCGUUUAGGAAGCCUCGCCGUACCGCUACCACGCACACGCCACAGCUGUCCCACGCCCGGGCCAAAUCACGGCUGAGUUUGACGGGUUUUAGCGUUGUUGUUGUUGUUCUAACCAAGUGCAUCAGAGCCUAAUUAUUUCCUUGCAUUUUGCAUAAUUUCGAGACCCCCCCCCCUUCUAAACCAGUGACGUUUUCAAUGUUGUCAACUGGGAUAUUGUUUC